AGAAAAACAGACAGACAGAGAGGAGGGAGAGACAAAACUUCAUCACUGACUCCAGAUCUGAGGACAAACUCAUCUGAAUAACCACUCACACCAAUUCAAACAGUUCAGUAAUGCCUUUAUCAGCCCCUCCUCUCUUCUCCCUUCCUCUCCUCCUUCUGCUUUCUCAACUGGACUCCGCCCUCACCUGUCGUACUGCCAGCCAAUCCCAGUGUGACUCUGCACCCUUUGUCCCCGGUCACAACCUGGCAGGGGAGGGUUUCGAUGUGGUGACCCUGAAACGUAAAGGGGCCUACCUGAUUGACCUGAGGACCUACCUGUCCCCCAGUAAAACCUGUACACUGUGUAGUAACCCCCUACAGGGGAACGAGCUGCAGAAAAUACCCCUGUCUGUUGUAGACUGGAGGCCCUACAGCCACUGUACUGAGGAUAUCUCCAGCCACUCUCAUGCGUCUGUCAGUAACCUGGCACAGUCCACUACCAACGAGAUCUCUACAAAAUGGAAGGGGGGUUUGAGUAAUGAGGCGAAGGUGUCUGUAAGCGUACCUGUGGGACCGGUGAUUGUGAGUGUGGAGAAGGAUGUGGGUGCUAGCAUAGAGAUGGGAGGGUCCCAGUCGGAUGUAGCCAUCUUUGCCACGACCAAGACCAAAGAGGACCACCACUCUUUCUUCUCACAGAACCUACGCUGCUGUCACUACAGUUAUCGCACGCCAAACACUCCAACUCUCAGCGAUGAGUUCCGUAAGGACAUUGAUCGUCUGAGUCCAUACUCUAAGACCUCUAAGGCCCAGUACCGUCGGCUCAUAGACACCUAUGGGACUCACUACAUCCGCCAAGUUGACCUGGGAGGCCGGCUGACGAUGACCACAGCAAUACACACCUGUCAGGCCUCACAUAGUGGCCUCUCUACAAACCAGGUGGAAUCCUGCUUGUCCGCGGGUUUUAAGGGGAGCCUUGGGAAGUCAGUUUCCUUUAGCGUCGAAAGAUGCUCCAAAGUUCUGGACAACCAUGACUCGAAGACUUCCUACAGCUCUAGCAUCCUCAGCCACCUCACCAAGGUGGUGGGAGGCUCCAGUUGGCCGGGGGAGCUGUCACUCAACCGUAAUGACUCAGUGGGGUUCCAUACUUGGAUGAGAACCUUGAAGAACCUUCCAGACGUUAUCUACUAUUCUCUGAUGCCUCUGCACCUGCUCAUACCCAACACAGCUGUCCAGCAGGGAGUGAAGGAGGCUGUCCAGGAUUACCUGAAGGAGAAUGCCCUCCCGAAGAGCACCGGGGAACUGCCCUGUGGGGAUCGUUACUCUAAUCUGGACUCAAACUGCUGCCUCAGGAAGGUCUCCCAGGGAAGACUGGUGGUGACGGUGGUCAGAGCCUGGGGACUGGUGGGAGACUACCACUGGAUAGCAGGAGACACUGAAGGGUACGCUGUGGUCACCUACGGUUCCAAGUCCCAUCAGACUGAUGUGAUUCCGUCCAACAAUCCUGUCUGGAAUGCUACCUUUGACAUGGGUCCCUUUGACAAAGACCUGAGUCUAAAGGUGGCGGUCUGGGAUGACGAUCCUGCGGCUACAGAUGACAACCUGAAGGACUGUACCGUUGACCUCGAGCAGGGGACACAUGAACUCUGGUGUAACAACAGUGGUGAGGGCUUUUAUUUCCUGUACACCCUCACCUGUGACCCUCACCUGACCGGGGACAAGUGUGAAAAAUACAAACCUUUCCAAUCCACAACACACAAACCCUCCACCCCCACCCUCUACAGUAAGAGUGUGCAUCUCUUUCCUACCUUUCCUGUCCAGAGUUCAGCAGUCCUAUACCUGUGGUUCUUUUACAUACCUGUAUAAUGUAGCCCUCACAACACACUGGAGUAAAUGCAUCCCAGGCAGUGGGUCUGUUGACUGUACAGCUCACCAGGAACCAGGUUGGAAACAAGGGGAAUAAUUAGAAUAUGUUUUCUGCCGGGUUGAACUCUGUGCAUCUUUCUCCCCCCAAUCUUUCAAUCAAUCAUGUCUUUAUCUGUCCUGUAUAAUCAGGGGGUAUAUAUUGUUACUGUAAUUUACUGAUGCCAAUGUGUUUUCAUUAAUUGAAAACCCUUAAUCUAUUUUAUGAGAAUUCGUAAGAUUCUUAU